CGUGUUUGAGGCCGGGGCGUGUGCGGCGCGGGAUCGCGCAGUGUCUGGGUAGCGCGCGCGGGUGUCACGGGCUUGUGUUCUAGAGCGUCAGGGGUUUCUCUGACAAGAACCAAGGAAGUGGAGUUUAGUUUCUGCUGCUCUUAUUUAGGGUUACCAUAGUCCCGGUUUCCCCAGAAAAGCCUCUUUUUUGAGCCUGCUUUCCCUGUCCCAGCGGGGUUUUCAAAUAACAGCAAAUGUCCCGGAUUUUACAGAGCAGAGAAGCUGCAGUUCAGAAAGAGCCACAAUUGAUCAGCUCCCCAGUUGGUCAAUCCCCUGUAUCCACCGCUGAUUGGGCCAUUCCCUUGCAUCCGCAGCUGACUGGUCCUUUCCCCUACAAGUCACAGCUGCUGAAUCCUGCCCACCCAUGCCCCCUUGCCCUGCUCAGCCCUGGGGAAGGGAUCUCACGGGGAGGUGCUGACUGACAACUGUCACUGUGUCCUGGGCUUGUGCCAGCCACCCUGCCACUGUGACAGGGAGUGACACUGCUCCCCCAUCUCCUGUGAGUACUCCUGCUGCAGGUACGCCCCCUUCGGCUUCCCUUCCCUCCCUUCCCAUUCCCUUCACCCCCUGCAGUGUCUGCUUUUUGGGAACUUGAAAUAUGGUAACCCUACUCUUAUUCCCAUUCCUGGCGAAGUUUCCUGAAAGUGGUGUGGAUCAUGUUAACUUGGUUUUUACUCUGCUGAAAUGAUGUAACGGAAAUGAUAGCCAAGCCCAACACAGCCACUAACCUCCCCAGCCAAAAUGCUGCAACAUGUUGCCUUCAUUCUCAGAUGCUUCAUCAGACAUCAGUGGUUGAUUAAGAAGAUGCCAUUUAUAGUGCCAUUUUAGACUCUCCAGCACUCCUUGGUCCAUAGGCUGCACAAGAGAUGUUACGUUUGGAAGGAGAAAAAAACAGAAGAUCGGGUCAUCUUGGGAGAGAAAAUGCUAUCCAUGAUGAAACUGUGCCUGAGUCCACUGUACAGAGUGGCAGCUGUCUGAGGAAUGGCAACUUGCAAACCCCAAGAGGGAAAAGGAAGGUCCAAGAACAGUGUGCACGCAUACGAAGAAAUUCUUCCAGGAGCAGAAGGCCAAGCCAGCCGCAGAAUGGAGAAGUGGUUGAAGCAGUUACAUUGUUUGAAGUGGUCAGCAUGGGCAAGAGGGCAAUGCAGUCUGUGGUAGAUGACUGGAUUGAAGCUUAUAUCCAAGAUCGAGAUGUGGCACUUCUAGAUCUGAUCAACUUCUACAUUCAGUGCUCAGGCUGUCAAGGAAUGGUGACAGCUGAGAUGUUCCAAAGUUUGUGCAACAGUGAUGUAAUGCAAAAAAUGACGGAGACAUUUGAUGAGGAAACAGGAUUGCAAUACAAGAAAUUUAUGGCCUAUCCCUGGAUUCUGACUGUUACUUGGCCAGUGGACAUGGACAAUGGAGACUAUCCACUCAUCAAACCGGGACCCUACUGGAAGAAGUUCAAGGCCAAUUUCUGUGAGUUCACUGCAGUGUUAAUCCAGCAGUGCCAGUACAGCAUCCUCUAUGAUAGUUACUUGAUGGACACAGUCAUCUCACUGCUUACAGGGCUAGCAGACUCCAGGGUCAGAGCAUUCAGGCACACCAGCACUUUAGCAGCGGUGAAGCUUCUGACAGCACUUGUAAGAGUAAAUCUAAAUCUUGAUGUCAGCAAAUGUAACGCUCAAAGGCUGUAUCAAGUGGAGAAGAACAGGAUUUCUGUCAAGAGGGCCAAUCAGAGACUGGACCAAUUAGAGAGAAAAAGGAAAGAGGUGGGUCAGUAUGAACAGAAACCGCUGGAAAUAGAGAAUAUGAUGAAUGCUAUUUUCAAAGGGACAUUCUUACAGAGAUAUCGUGAUGUGAUUCCUGAGAUCCGGGCUAUCUGCAUUGAAGAAAUUGGCAGCUGGAUGAAAAUGUACCCUGAUACAUUCUUAAAUGAUAGUUACUUGAAAUAUAUUGGAUGGAUGCUGUAUGAUAAGCAACCUGAAGUGCGGUUGAAGUGUCUUCUGGGACUGCAAGGAAUUUAUGACAGAAAAGAGCUGGUAUCCAAAAUGGAUCUCUUUACUAGCAGAUUCAAGGAUCGAAUUGUGUCCAUGACUCUGGACAAGGACCAUGAAGUAGCAGUUCAAGCCAUGAAACUCUUGAUGCUUAUGUCACAGAACUGUGAGGACGCGUUAUCAUCUGAAGACUGUGAAACCUUAUUCCAGUUUGUUUAUACCACGCACAGACCUCUAGCAGUAGCAGCUGGGGAAUUCCUUUAUAAAAGGCUGCUUAGUUAUCAGGGAACUGAAGAGGAAGUCCCACCCAAAAGAAGAGGGAAGUUUGGGGCUAAUACCUGCUACAUGAGAAAAUUAAUAACUUUUUUCUUGGAGAGUGAGCUACAUAAACACGUCACGUACCUUGUAGACAGCCUGUGGGAUUGGGCAGGCAGUUUGCUGAAGGACUGGGAGUGCAUGACCACUCUUUUAUUGGAAACUGCUGAAGAAGAAGCACUGAGGGAUGCCCAGGAAAGCGCUCUCGUUGAAAUAAUCGUAAUGACCGUUCGAGAAGCUGCUGAAGGUCACCCUCCUGUGGGCAGAGGAGCGGCCAAAAAGAUCCUGUCAGCGAAAGAGAAGAAAAUACAAUUGGAAGAUUGUACCAAAAUUACUGAGCACUUUAUUGUGGUGCUUCCUCAGCUCUUGGCAAAGUAUUCAGCAGAUGCUGAAAAAGUGGCGAACCUCCUGCAAAUUCCCCAGUAUUAUGAUUUAGAUGUUUACAGUACUGGACGUCUGGAGAAGCACGUAGAUGCUUUGCUGAGAGUGGUGAAAGGCAUUGUAGCCAAACACUCUGACGUGGAUGUCCUCGAGGCUUGCUCCAGGAUGUAUUAUGUCCUCUGCAAUGAAGAUCUGGCCAUCCACAGGAGGGCGGAUCUUGCCAGAACUCAGCUGAUAGACGAAUUGGUGGACAAACUUAAUGAGCUGCUGGAUGAUUCUUGGCAUGAGGGAGAAGGUCUUUGCACAGAUGAAGAAGGAGUUUGCCGAAUAUAUUCCACUUUGAGAAGAAUAGCAGCUUUUCAUAAUGCUCACAAUCUCACCAAAUGGAAUCUCUAUGGGAAGACUUCAAAGCUGCUGGUUUUUGAGAUGGAGUAUGGGAGUUUACCUGUUCAGAUGAUCCUACCAGCUCUACAGUGCACGUACUUUGCUCUCUUAUGGCAGCUAGCUUCAGUUGUGGAGAGGUCAUCUUCCAAGGAGACUCUUUUGGCAUUGAACAGAGAGUUGAGAUUUUUCUGCCAGAUUUGUGCAUGCUACCUCAGCCAUAAAGAUAAAGAUUUAAGUGAAAAGGCCUUCAUGAUACUCUGUGAUUUACUGAUGAUUGUGAGUCACCAAUCUUCACGUGAAGAUGAAGCUGUAGGAGUCCUUCAGUAUCUUCCCAGCACAUCCCUUCAGUCAAAAAUGCUCUUGUUUAUCCAGGAUCAUGUUUUCACAGAGGAGAAAGAAGAAAUCAAAGACUUGACAGAAGAGGAGGAGAGGGAAAAGGAGAGCUACAAAUUGAAUGAUUUGCACAGGAGGCGGAGUCUUCUUGCAGUCUAUUGCAAGCUAAUUGUGUUUACCGUGGUGGAGAUGUCUGCGGCUGCUGAGAUCUAUAAGCACUAUAUGAAGACCUACAAUGAUUUUGGAGAUAUAAUUAAAGAAACCCUGAGCAGAACGAGGCAUAACAACAAAAUCCAGAGUGCCAGGACGUUGAUUCUCUGCCUGCAGCAGCUGUUUCAGAAACAUACAGAAACCCAUGGUAGUACCAACAGCAUGGAUUCUUCUUUCACGAACAUUAAAGAACUUGCUCGUCGCUUUUCACUGACAUUUGGCUGGGAUCAGGUGAAAUCCAGAGAAUCAGUAGCCAUGAUACACAAAGAAGGGAUUGAAUUUGCCUUUCAAGGAGCUGCUGGAGUGGAAGGGAAAUGCCUGCCUCCAAAUUUAAACUUUCUGUUAAUCAUCAGUGAAUUCUCCAAUAAGCUACUAAAGCCUGACAAAAGAUUAGUGUACAGUUACCUGCAGAGGUAUAUAACAGAGCCAGCAUCUUGCAGAGGAGAUGAAUGGCACCCGUUAGCGUGGUACAGGAACUCUUUGCUGGCAAAUGAAGAUGAAGAGAAUUCUGUUAUCAGCAGUUUAAGAGAAUGGUCACCCACAAGCAGAUCUAAGACAUCUUCUUUUAAAAGAAAACUGUCGAAUGGGUCCCUGCCUGAAACCAGCCACACUGAGACAACAAACAAGACUCCAGACUUCCUGUGCACUCCAGAACUCACUGCUGCAGCAGGAAAAAGCAGAAAGAAGUUAAAGUCUCAAGAUACAAGUCUCCAAGAAUGUCUGCCAUUCUUUGGUCCAGUGGGGCUAAGCAGAAGACAUAGUGAAGAUGUGAUCAAGGCAGAAGACUUCUCAGCAGAUGGUGGAGCAGAAGACGGAGCAGAAGAUGUAGGCGAAGAUGUGGAUGUUGUUGGCGCAGACCAGGUAUGUGAUGGGGUGUAUCAACCCUGCACAUGGCCAACAGGUGCUGACCAAUCACUGGAGACCGCACACCCUCACUCCUGUUACACAGGCUCCAGGUGGAGGGGACAGAUAAAAGGAGGCCGCACAGGUCAGUCGGGGCUGCCGGAAGAGAAGGAAGGACGUGUGCUGCUGGCUGCUGCAGAGGAACUGUUGACUCACCAGGCUCUUGGGACCGUGGACUCCGACUACGCUGCGGAUGACUAG